CGCAUUCCGUCCGAUCAGAGAGGUGAAGAGCAGUGAUGGGAGAGAAUAUCCGGGAGAAUAUUCCGCUUCCGAAUUCGGAUCCCGAGCGCCGGCCCGAGUUGACUCGGACCAUCUCCAACUCGUCGUCGUCGUCGUCGUUCUCUCUCGACGCUUCCGAGGAGCUCCCUCUUUGUUGCUCGCAUGCAACACUGGUAGAUAUUCAGAUUGUGAGAUUUGCGAGCUGUUUUCUGAUUUAGGACCGUCAUUUUGUGUUUUGCAUGUCAUUUUUUAGAAUAAAUUUUUAUUUUUUCAAGUAUUUAUCUUCGGUCUAUUUACUGUAAAUAAGAGUUUUAGAUGAAAUAUACAGAAGAAUGAGAUCUCUCGUAUAGAAACAAUAUUGUGUGAUUAAAUUUGAGAAAUGUAGGGUCUCAUUUUUAUUUUUUAUUCCUGAAAUUUUGGUGAUACCUCUUGUUUUAAAUUCUCUGUUUUGCUGUCUUUGACAUUUAUGGUGCUGGUGUCAAGUUAUUUUGAGCUGCAGUAGAUUCAUAGUGAUGAAGAUAAUUUUCUGAACUCUUUCGUUAAGGCUUCUAUUUUAUGCAAGGAAAUUUGAGUUGAGAAUUGAAUCAAGAUUGGAUGUCACAUUUUGAAUGCUUCCUUUAACUCUGACAGUUAGCUGCCUAUUUAGGACCAGAAUAAAAAAAGAAUUUAAAUUUGUUGGAGCUGGAGAUAUGGAAGCAUUUUUUCGCUUUCUGUUUUCCAUGAUAGGUAAUUUAUAUGGACGUUAUUUCCGGUCAUUUUUCCUUUUUCAACUUUUGCUUUUGGUUUGACGCAGUGGAGUUUUGUGUUUUACAAAACUUAUUAUGAAAUCUUUGUUAUAAUAAGCCACUGUCAUUUAUAAUAGGACUCAACCUAUCUUUUUCUAGAAAUGAAAUGGCAUGUGUUACAGGUGCUUCUUUUCAUGGUGGUCAGAGGUGUUGGAGACAACUUCUUAUAGUAUUCAAAAUAAAGUUUUCCUUUAGAUUAACGCAGAAUGUGACUAGUUGGAAAGAAUUUUGAUUCAUGCAAAAGGUGACCAGCUGAAAUCAAGAAUCUGGGACCAGGUGGCGGCUUCUAGUGCAGCAUAAUGCCUAAGAGAACAUCACGACCCCUCCCUCUGCGCAGUUUCGGGAAAUACGGUUAAAUGGAUAAGGAGGUGGCUAACUUUGAUUUUUUGGGUGGUACAUGAAUUGUAAAAAACAAAAGGUUUGGGAACUUUACUCCUUAUCGAUUCAAUUAGAUCUUUAGGGAAAGGUGACGUAUUUGAAAAACAGUCUAGAGCACAAGAAACAAAAGGUUGAGAAUUUUAUUUUUCAAUCCAUUCAAUUAGAUCUUUAGUGCCUGUUUCUUUGGUUAUGUUCUCAAAUAAUAUUUUUCUAGAAUAGUUUAGAGAAUGCCAAUAAAUAUUGGGAACAUGCUCUUUUCUUGUUAUUGCUUUAUCAAGAAACAGAGACAUUUAAUUAUCAUUUUUGAUGUUCUGAAAGGCCGCUUAGAUAAUCCUGUAGAACAGAUGAUACUUCGAGAUGAUCGAAGCAUGCUGAAGAAUGAAAUCCACUUUAUCUCAACAAGAUUCCCAAUUAACUAUUAGAUAUCUGUGCACCAGAUAGCAUAAUACAUUUUAUACUGGUGUCUAAAUCCAUUAGAGAUCAAUGUAAAACUAUUGAAAAGUAAAUUGUGAUAUAUAUUAGACAUUCUCAACGGAAGAAUGAUGUUGACCAUUGCAAGAAGAUGACCUCUCAGAAUAUGGUGAAGGGUGCAUCCACAGAGUGGACAAAUGAAAAGCACAAUUUGUAUCUUGAUUCUUUGGAAACAUCAUUUGUUAAUGCAUUGUACCAUUCCAUGCGUUUGCGUGACUGGCAUCAACAAAAGAAUGCUCGAGGGACACAUUCAUUGCAAGAGGUCUCAUUCAAGACUCAGAAUUCUUCUGACCAGUUCAUGGUUGUUCAAGAUGGCUGCUUGCAGAAGAUCAACCUUCGAAGGAAUGAAACUUUGAUGGAAAGCACAGCUGAUUCUCAUGUUACUAUGAGAAGUCCAUUCAGAUGUCAUUCUACUCUUGCAGGCAAAAGCUGCACUGUUUCAUCUCCUAAGACGCUGACUUUAAAAAACUUACAUGCAUCAGCAAGAAGUUCAGAGCAGAACCUUGUAUGUCAUCAGGAUUUGGUUGGCAGUAUUACAGAAGUAUCUGGUCAGAACUUUGUGGAUGAAGACCAUGGAGGGAAGCUAACCAAUGCAUCCAAACCAAAAAGGCUUAAAAGAGUUGCAGCUGAUGCUUCCAGCAAUGAUCAAAUUGUGCCAUCAGGAAAUUUUAAUACGAAAGAGGUUUCAAUGGCCCAUAAUGUUCUCUCUGAACAAGGGCAUAAUCUUCGCUAUUUGUUAGGAGGAAGCUGAGAUACCACUUAGUACCGAAGUCUGACAGGUAAGCAGUAUCGAUACAUCAAAAGGAUGGAGAUAUGGUUAUACUUUCCAUUUUCUCCUAUUUGAAGAUGCCAACUGCAAAGGCUGAUUCUAUCAGUAGCUAUUCUUGUUGUGAAUGGUGUUCAGGAUAAUGCUACCGUUGGACUUUGGGAAGAAAUUAUAUCUGUUCAGCGAUAUGCUCUUCAUCUUUUAGGAUUGGUAGAUAUAGGAUUUAUGGAGUAGAUUAAGUUGAUGAAUACACAUCGAUUACAUAGGUCUAUCCAGUCAUUUGCUGUUCCUUUUCUCUGUUUUUAUUUUUGUAUUUACUGCAUUUCAAGUAGAACAAGUUCUAAUAGAUAUAGAAGAUGCGUAGUACAAUUUUGGGCUGUAUGGCAAAUGUCUGAUUUUCGUGGGGCUGACCUGAGAGGUGUCAAUCAUGUCCGGUUAAAAGAAAAAAAGGUGUCAAUCAUGUCCUCUUCCACAUUCAUGGAAUUCCAUUGUUAUGAAAUUACAAAUUUA